AUGAGCCUGACCCCGCCGCCCCGGUCCCCGCGGCCCGGCCUGGCUGCGCCCCACGGGGGCCCGCCGACGAUCUCGCCAGUAGUGGAGCUGAACGUGGGGGGUGAGUUCUACACCACCACAGUGAGCACCCUGAGAAAACUCCCGGGCUCAAAGCUGGCAGAGAUGUUCUCCAGCUCAGCCAAGGCCUGCAUGGAUUCGGAGGGACGCUUCUUCAUCGAUCGCCCAGGCACCCAUUUUGGACCCAUCCUCGACUUCCUGCGCAGCGGGCAGCUACCCACCCAGCACAUCCCUGAGGUGUACAGGGAAGCCCAGUUCUACGAAAUCAAGCCUUUGGUCAAGCUCCUGGAGGAUACUCCAAAGAUCUUCGGAGAGCAGGUGGCUCGGAAGCAGUUUCUGCUGCGGGUUCCAGACUACAGUGAGAACCUAGAGCUCAUGGUGCGCCUGGCGCGCGCAGAGGCCGUGGCGGCCCGCAGCUCCAGAGUGCUGGUGUGCGCUGUGCGCAAGGAAGAGGAUGCUAUGCACUGCGUCGAUACCCUGCGUACCCUGGAGGCCAACAAGACGUCAGUGGUCAAGUUCGGGCCCUGGAAGGCUGCGCCAGACAUCAAGGACCUCCUGGACUGUGUAAAGAUGGACAUUGAAGCCAAGGGGUACCAGGUAUCUUAUGAGUACAACUCAUACUGGGGCAAGGCAGCCAAUUACUUCUGUACUUUCUUCUUCAGCUGGUGGUGA